AAACAGAAUAUUUUAGUCCUACUCCCCCGUAGAAAGUGGCAUAGCCCGCCCGAUCCUCUGGAUGUUAAAUUAUGUAUGAGGUAGGGAGUGGAGGUGGCGCAGCGGUUUGCGUUUUUGCUCUCAAGUCUGUGCAGAAAGAUCGUUCAACUUGUCCUUUACGUGCCCGAUCCUCGGAUAUUCCCUAGCAGAGCGUCUUCUGAAGAUCCCAAGACGUCCCAGAAAGACUGCACUUCCAUGUGAACUUGUCGGAGGUCGUCCCGUAACCAUGGAAAUGCCCUGGCUGCCGGCGAAGCUGCUCCUGUCGACGCUCGUUCUGCUGCUGAUGGGGCUCAGCCUCGGCAACGAGACAGCGGUGCAUCCGAUUGGCUUCCCGACGGCGACGAAUCGCGAGAUCGCCUGCGAGGGUCUCGUCAUCAACCUGCGCUGUCCGAGCCACCGCGUCAUCUUCAUCGAGGGCGCGAACUACGGGCGAACCGACAACCUGACGUGCGCCCGGAACCCCCGCCGCAUGCGCAACACCAACUGUCGCCAUCCCGACUCGCUCAAGAUCAUGUCAGACAGAUGUAACAACCGCACUCAGUGUGUCGUGCCCGCCCUCGACGGGGUGUUCGGCGAGGACCCCUGCCCGGACACCUACAAGUACCUCGAGGUGUUCUUUCGUUGUGUGUCCAGCUUUUUUGAGUGCCCGGGCACGCUGGAGUCCGUGGGCAGGCCGGAAACCCUCACACAGAUGGGAACGAAGAUCGGCAGCUGGUACAGAGAUCCGGUACCCGGAGUCGACAAGGGCAAGAUCUACGUCAUGCCAUGGCGACCGUUUAACACGAUCAGCGUCGACGAAUACGCUGACAUCGACGACCUGAAAGACUUGAAGCCGUCGCGUACGAUCCCGUUGCCGGAUAAAGUCGAUGGGACGGGGUUUGUGGUUUACGACGGCGCCGCGUAUUACAACAAGGAGAGAUCACCCAGCAUCAUCAAGUUCAACCUCUCAACCCUGAAUAGGGACUUACAGAAGGAGCUUCCGGGAGCAAGGUACCACAACGAAGCGCCGUAUCGUUUUGGCGGGAUGUCGGAUAUCGACUUAGCGGUGGACGAGAACGGAUUGUGGGCGAUCUACGCCACCGAGGAGAGCGAGGGAAGAAUGGUGAUCGCGAAACUCGAUCCGGAUUCCCUCGCCGUAGAGAAAACCUGGGAGACGAACUACAACAAGCGCGCGGCCACGAACACAUUCAUGGUGUGCGGGAAGCUCUACGUGGUGAGCACGCGAUACGUCCAGCCGGUGGACACAGGAGGGAAGCUGGUGUAUGUUUAUGACACAAGCACGGGAGACGGCGAAAACCUUGACCUCCCGUUCUACAACCAGUACGGCUACAACACCCAGGUGGACUACAACCCACGCGACAACUCUCUCCACGUCUGGGACAACGGGUACCUCCUCUCGUACCCGCUAACGUUCGAGGCUGUGCCCACAGAGCCGCCCCCCUCCCGACCCGUGUCUCCAGAUGUUCCCACAGUGAACCCAGACAAAGAAGGGCUGAUCACAACCCCGGCACCGAUACUACAGCCAACAACCCAAAACAGACCGGAGCCGCCACAGAGGCCAGUGUCCACGCGGAGACCGCCCGCUCGACCCGCUACCACAACCGCUGCGCCGGUCGGUCCACAGAGACCGGACACGGUCACCGCCCGGACCUCCCCGCAGCCCACCGCGCCGGUUUCCACGACGACCGAGGAAACGCCGGCGUUCCUGCAGCAGUUCUGCCCGCCGAUGUUUGCCAGGAACAUCAGCUGGCCGAGAACGCCGGCGGGGGAAGUCAGCAAACAGCCGUGCCCUCCUGGGACUGAUGGAGGCGUGGCCACGUGGCGUUGCGGGCGGAACCCCGUCCAGUGGAGCACGGCGACCCCUGACCUGACGGACUGCACCUCGCGCUGGGUCGCCGGGAUCAACCGCAAGAUCCGAGACGGGGAAUCGGCGCUGGAGAUUGCACAGGAUCUGGUGGGGAAGAUCACGGAGAGCCGUGAGAUCUACGGGGGAGACGUGAAGAAGGCUGUCAAGAUCAUGGACCAGCUGGUCGUCCUGGUUACCAGCCAGGUGCAGAACAUGGAGCCGCAGGACAAGCAGGAGAGUCUGAACACCUUCACUCAGACCCUUGUGGAGGCUGGGAGCAUGCUGCUUGACGAGGGCAGAGUGGAAUCCUGGGAAGACAUGUCUGCGGGAGAACAGUCCAUCUCCGCGACGACGCUGGUGAAAACCGUGGAGGAGAACGGGCUGCUGCUGGCGGAACACCUCCCGCCCAGACGCAAGGUCACCGCCACCGACAACAACAUCGCUAUGGAGGUGUUAGUUGUUGACACCACAGGUGAGGUAGAAGACAUGUCGUUCCCACCUGAAGGAAACGCCAUCUCUGAUGUCAUCACCUUACCUGGGCCCAGCAUCAAGGCACACGGGCGCAACGGUACAGCGAAAGUUGUGUUCGUGACCUACAGCACGCUGGGUCGCUUCCUGUCGUCCAACAGCCCGACCCACGGAGACAUCAACUUCGUGGACAGCUCAGAGAGGAUGCUGGGAACGCGGGUCAUCGCCGCCUCCAUCAACCGGCUGGAGCAGCAACAACUCCUGCCGGAACCUGUGGUUUUUACUCUGGAGCAUACACAGGAGAACGUUUCUGGUCCUCUCUGCUCCUUCUGGAAGUACGAGCCACUUGUUCUGAUUGGCUACUGGUCAGGUGAGGGAUGCAGCGUCGUGGCGACCAACACCACACACACCUCCUGCUCCUGUAACCAUCUCACCAACUUCGCUGUACUCAUGGACACUCGUGGAGUCAAGGUACCAACAUGUAACCAUCUCACCAACUUCGCUGUGCUCAUGGACACCCGCGGAGUCAAGCUGGCCAGCACCCAUGUUGUGUUCCUGUCUGCAAUCACCUGGGUGGGGAUGAUCAUCUCCAUCUGCUGCCUCUUCUGUGCUCUCAUCUGUUUCUCCAUAUUCAGAGGUUUGAAGAGCGACCGUAACACGAUACACAAGAAUCUGUGCUUCAACCUCAUCAUCGCAGAACUCUUCUUUCUCAUCGGCAUAGACAAGACACAGUACCAGGUGGGAGUGCCGCUGGUUGUGGUCGGGGUAUCGGCAGCUAUAGACCAUCGAAGCUACGGAACAGACAAAUACUGCUGGCUCCAGUUAGAUAACUAUUUCAUCUGGAGUUUUGUUGGGCCUGUCUGCCUCAUACUACUGCUGAACGUAGUUUUCCUGACCAUCGCCAUGUACAAGAUGUACGUGCACAUCACCCACAAGCCUGACCAGACUCGGACAAACACCCUCAAGUAAGGAUCUUAAUGUCUUAGCUUACAUCUUAG